CAACACUUAUUCCCUCUAUAAUAAGCAUAACAUUACGUGAGAUCCAAGAAACCCCCAAUCCUUUUCCCCUUCCCUUCUUUGGAACCAAUUAUAUUUGUACAAAUCUUCCCUUCUUUCCAAUCUCAGAUAUUCUCUCUCUCUCUCUCUCCCCCUCUCAAUUCUUGUAAGAACAAGGACUGAAAAGUGUAAGGAGAAUUCAAUACCUUCCCAACCCAGGUGAAGAAUUGGCUUGAGGGAUAACAUGCAUUAGAAGAGACAAAUUGCUUUUUUUUUUGGUUCCCUUUUAUUCUUUAUCCCUUUGUCUCUCUUAAUUUUCUUUUGAUUUGGAGUGGUACAAGAAUAAGAAAGAUCCACCGUGGGAUGGGCAUAAGAGUGAAACAGAAGAAAUGACUUGGUGCAGUGACUGUAGCGAUGAGCCGGCGAUUGUGAGAAGAUCACAACCAUCUACAGACAACACAGUUAUUGCCGGAAAACACGAAUGCAUUCGAAGAACUAAAACUAAAAGCUGUCCUUCAUGUGGUCAUCAGAUCAAAUGUCAAGAAAAGACUGGAAUUCAUGAUCUACCGGGGUUACCUGCGGGAGUGAAGUUUGAUCCGAGUGAUCAAGAACUUCUUGAGCAUUUGGAGGCGAAGGCAUGGUUGGAUGCUCCUCAUAAUAAGCUUCAUCCUCUAAUUGAUGAGUUCAUCCCUACACUUGAAGGAGAGGAUGGAAUUUGCUACACCCACCCAGAGAGGUUACCUGGAGUAAGCAAAGAUGGGUUAAUCCGACAUUUCUUCCACAGGCCAUCCAAAGCAUACACCACCGGAACAAGAAAGCGAAGAAAAGUACACACAGACAUAGAUGGCAACGAGACUCGUUGGCACAAAACAGGCAAGACAAGGCCUGUUUUCAUUAAUGGCAAAGUGAAAGGUCAUAAGAAGAUACUCGUUCUCUACACCAACUAUGGAAAACAAAGAAAACCAGAGAAAACAAACUGGGUUAUGCAUCAGUACCACCUUGGCAACAACGAAGACGAGAGAGAUGGAGAGUUAGUGGUUUCAAAGGUUUUCUACCAAACACAACCUAGACAAUGUGGCUCUAUCAUGAAAGAACCAUCACCUUCGAAAUCAAAGGGUCUGAAAUUUAAGGAACAUAGUAACAUUGUUGAAUACUACAAUCCAACACUCAUCUCCUUCGAUCAAGGUGACCACUGCGAUCCGGCAAGUCCUCCGCCGGUGAUUCCCAAUUUUAAUGUCCAUGUCGGGUCAUCCAUUGUUUCUUGAACACAAUGUUAGGGUGGCUAUAUAGGAGAAAAAGCUUAUUUGUUCUAUUAAAAAUACAGAAAUUAAUCACAGAGCAUGACACAAUUUUCUUAUAUAGAAGUGGGAUCUUAAAAGUGUUAGAUCCAUUUCAUAUAAGAGAUUUGUGUCUAAUUUUUUUGAUCGAUUUCUGUAGAUCUUUUUUCCAAAGCUUAUUUUGCAUGUAUAUCUUGUUGAAAUUGUUGUUUAGUAUUAAUGAACCUAUUGAUCAAAUAAGGGUGAAUAAGGAGAAAGGUUAAAGACUUAA